AUGAAAUUCAUUACUUCCUUCAUUGCAUUAGCAUUAUCUGCUACUAUCGUUCAAGCUGCUCCACCAGCAUGUGUCUUAGCAUGUGUUGCUCAAGUCACCAAAAAAUCCGAUUGUGAUGGAUUAGGAGAUUUAUCAUGUAUCUGUUCUGAUGAAUAUGAUAAUGUUGAAGAUUGUUUAAACAGUGCAUGUCCUGAUGGGGUCACUGAUACUGCUAUUAGUGCCUUUGAAAGUACUUGUAAGCCAUAUGCUAAAGAAAGACCUAGUUCAUCAAGUUCCAGUUCAAAAGCUUCAUCAAGUUCAAGCUCAAGUUCAAGUUCAUCUAGUUCAAGUUCAUCUAGCUCAAGUUCAUCAAGUUCAAGCUCAUCCAGCUCAAGCUCUGUUGAAACUUCAAGCUCAGUAGAAACCUCAAGUUCCGUCGAAACCUCCAGUUCAGUUGAAACUUCAAGUUCUGUUGAAUCUUCCAGUUUCGUUGAAACUUCAAGCUCCGUUGAAACCUCAAGCUCCGUCGAAUCUAGCUCAGAAUUCAGUUCAGUUGAAUCCUCAGCUCCAGUUUCUUCAGCCCCAGUCUCAUCAGCUCCUUCAUCAUCAGCUUCAACUUCAUUAGCUGCCGAAGCUGUUUCCAGUUCAUCCGCUUCCUCAACUUCAGUUUCUACUCAAGAAGAGAAUAAUGGGGUUACUAAUGGUGUUUCCAUGGGAUUAUUAGGUUUAUUAGGUGUCUACUUAUUAUAG